CCAGGACCUCCACCAGAAAAUCCACCACCUCCAGGUCCUCCGAAGCCUCCUCCUCCAGGUCCCGGUCCAGCGUACGCUCCACCACCACCGCCUCCUCCACCAGGUCCUCCGCCUGCUGCAAAUCCUCCUCCGCCAGCUGCAAAUCCUCCUCCAGCAGGUCCUCCACCGCCUCCUCCUCCAGGCCCUCCUCCAGCUGCAAAACCUCCUCCGCCAGGUCCGCCUGCACUAGGCCCUGCAUACGACCCAUUCGCUGCGAAUCUCCUCCGCCAGGAGUUUCCGCCGCCUCUCCUUCCUGGUCUCCAAAGCCGCCUCACUUGCGUCCCGCACCAGCAUAGCUCCACCUCGCGCCGUCACCAGUGCGAAAGGCGGCCAUCUCGCCUCAGCUCCGGCUCACUCCUGGUUCCUCAAAGCCGCCUCACCUGGUCCAGCACCAGCGUACGUCCGCCUCGCCGCUCCUCACCAGCGUCCUUCUCAGAUGCCGAAGCCUCCUCGCCAGGUCCUCCACCUCCUCCUCCUGGUCCUCCAAAUCCACCUCCACCUGGUCCUGCACCUGCAUACGCUCCUUCAGCAGCGAAGCCUCCUCCAGCGGGUCCUCCGAAUCCUCCUCCACCAGGUCCUCCAAAGCCGCCUCCGCCUGCAUACGCUCCACCUCCGCCGCCUCCUCCACCAGGUCCUGCUGCGAAGCCUCCUCCGCCAGGUCCUGCGCCAGCAUACGCUCCACCUCCGCCGCCUCCUCCACCAGGUCCAGCUGCGAAGCCUCCUCCGCCAGGUCCUUCGUAUCCUCCUCCACCAGGACCUCCAAAGCCGCCUCCGCCUGGUCCUGCGCCAGCAUACGCUCCACCUCCGCCGCCUCCUCCACCAGGUCCAGCUGCGAAGCCUCCUCCGCCAGGUCCUUCGUAUCCUCCUCCACCAGGACCUCCAAAGCCGCCUCCGCCUGGUCCUGCGCCAGCAUACGCUCCACCUCCGCCGCCUCCUCCACCAGGUCCAGCUGCGAAGCCUCCUCCGCCAGGUCCUUCGUAUCCUCCUCCACCAGGACCUCCAAAGCCGCCUCCGCCUGGUCCUGCGCCAGCAUACGCUCCACUCCGCCGCCUCCUCCAC